AUGAUCAAGGCGAUCCUCAUCUUCAACAACCACGGCAAGCUGCGCCUCUCCAAGUUCCACCAGCCCUACAGUGAAGACACACAACAGCAAAUCAUCAGGGAGACUUUCCAUUUGGUAUCUAAGAGAGAUGAAAAUGUUUAUAAUCUCCUAGAAGGAGGAUUAUUAAUUGGAGGAUCUUACAACAAACCGAUAUAUAGACAUUAUGCAACAUUGUAUUUUGUCUUCUGUGUGGAUUCUUCAGAAAGUGAACUUGGCAUUUUAGAUCUAAUUCAAGUUCACAAUAUUCUUGCAGAAAUGGUGAUGGGGGGAAUGGUGUUAGAGACCAACAUGAAUGAGAUUGUUACACAAAUUGAUGCACAGAAUAAACUGGAGAAAUCCGAGGCUGGCUUGGCGGGUGCCCCGGCCCGUGCCGUAUCAGCUGUGAAGAAUAUGAAUCUUCCUGAGAUCCUGAGAAAUAUUAACAAUGGCAACAUCAGUAUAAAAGUGCCAAACCUGCCCUCUUUUAAAUAA